GUACACAUUAUUCAAACAAAGCGCGUCCCACAAGACCUUUUUAAAGACACAUCAACCCAUCUAUCAUUUACUCCACUAAACAAACAGAAAGAUAAAAGAGAAAAAAGCAAAGAAAAGAAAGAGAAGCAGAGCGCAACCCCAACACCACAAAUCGCACACAUUCACUAGACCAAAAAUGUACGAAGAACGCCGAGGCGCCGCUCCCUACGGCAUCCUACUGGCGGCAGCAGCGGUGGCUGUGGUGGCUGUCCCAUUACUCCUCGGUGACCAGGGCGAAGCCGUAACCGAAUUCAUCGCCGAGCUCCUAAGCCCGGUGGGGCUCCUCCUCCUCCCCAUCGUCCUUCUCCUCGUCAUCCAGUUCCUCUCCUCCGACAGCGGAUCCGUUGUCUCCGGCAUCUUCUCAACCGGCGAACCCGAUAGCAUCCACCGGGUCAGCGGGUCACCCGUCGGCGUGGCUCUACUCCUCGUCCUCGUACUUUUCCUUCUCUACAACCGGUUCUCCAUCUUCGGUGGCGAUGACGAUUCCGGCGAAUAAUGGGUGUGCUGUUGACCGUUCUGUCUUCUUUCUUUCUUUCAUUCUCAUUAGUUUACGUAUGUCUGGUGGGUAUAGAGUGGUACGUAGGUAGAGAGUCCAUGAUUUAACAUGAUGGUGAUUGUAAUUUACACAAAUGCCCCUGCUCAUUUAGGGCAUUUUGUUUUAACUUCAGUUGCAGAUAUGUUGGAGGCUAAUGUUGUCUCUUUGUGUUUCUAACAAAGUAAAUAGUGACACUUUGGUUUUUUAAUAA